GGCAAUCAAUCAAGCGGGGGUCCAUGCUGUAAUUAUGAAUGUCCUACUGACCAGAGCUCACCGAAGCCCUGACGCCCUCUUCGAUUACCUACACCAAGUCUCCACAAGAUCUGAAGCGAUCGAAUGGAAGACAAGGGUGGAAUCAAAGGACUAUCCUCGUUUCUCGAUGAACCUGACCAAUUGUGACACAGAAGGAGCGUGGCGUCAUUUGGAAUCAAGUUAA